GAGGCGUGCCUGCGAUGGUUGCCCUCAGGAAGUGAGAGCGCUUUACCAAGGUGGGGGAGUUUGGAGUUAUGAUGGGAAAAUGUUGCUCUAGAAUGCCCUAGCAGACACAUACUUCGGUUUUGUUGGUAAUUCUGGAGUGACCGGCGAUGUUCGGUGGCAGGUGCAGCAAGGAGGAGCAAUUUCUGGACAAGCUCAUUCCGUGCACUUGGCAAAGGGAAACUAACAGCACUUGGGGUCCCGGGGCGCUCUAGCCUUCAGAAGGCUAGGGUUGGAACUGGCCGACCCGCCCGCUACUUGCCCAGGGGCCUUGGGAACAGGGAAAUGAGCCGGCAGUGGCCACUGCGGCAGCUUUCAGUUUUCAUUGAGACUGCUAGUUACUGUUUAACAUCCCCACCCACGUUUCAGUUUGUUUAGUAAAUCGAUCGGUCCGUAGGACUCGGGCUGCUGCCCUGUCGCCAUUGAACAAAGCGAAUACUCACUAGAGCAUAUGGUAAAGUCUUUUCUAAAGACUUAAAAAAAAAGAAAGAAAAAGAGAAAAAGGAAAGGGGAAAGGAGAAAGAACGAAACAACUUAACCUUCCCUCUUAGCGCUUUUCCUCCGCGCAAAUCCAUCCCCCCACCCCAGGUUUCUGCAAACUGCUUCCACCCAGAAAAGAGCAGUGCUGGCCACAGUUGGAGCGGGGGUGGGUAGGGGAAUCUACUCCUGGGAGAUGCCGCUGCUAUUGCCCAGCUGAUUGAGACGCCUGAACCCCAAGGAACGAGCGACUCCUCAGUUCAGGCUGAUGGAUGGCGUUGGAGAUAGUGAAGGACAUACCUGUGACAUACCCAUGAAAUAAUCUGUCAGUGAUGUCUGCUUCCUGAACUGUUUGAGAUUAUUAAGGAUCUCUGAGUAUGGGAGCAUAGAAGAGCGAGGUCAAAGGGCCUAUAUGCUUUCAGUCUUCAAAGGUGGUGUGAUUUGGGGAGAAGUCUGCUGUUUUCCUCAUCUGUGUUCUGGUUCUUCUUCAGACGGUUCUGCUACUGAACAAACCAGCAUGAAUACUCCAGACAACGGGGUCAACAGUCUUUGUGCCAUAUGUGGAGAUCGAGCAACUGGAAAGCAUUAUGGUGCCUCAAGUUGUGAUGGGUGCAAAGGUUUCUUCAGGCGGAGCAUUCGAAAGAGUCAUGUUUAUUCCUGCAGGUUCAGCCGACAGUGUGUUGUUGACAAAGACAAGAGGAAUCAAUGUAGAUAUUGUCGUUUAAAAAAGUGUUUUCGAGCAGGAAUGAAGAAAGAAGCUGUGCAAAAUGAACGAGAUAGGAUAAGCACAAGGAGAAAUAACUUUGAAGGCAGCAACAUUCCUUCUAUUAAUACAUUGGCACAAGCUGAAGCUCUUUCUCGUCAGAUUCCAGUUUCAAGUCCCAGUGCAAAUACUGACAUUAAUGUUAAGAAAAUUGCAAGUAUCGGUGAUGUCUGUGAAUCUAUGAAACAGCAGCUAUUAGUCCUGGUGGAGUGGGCUAAAUAUAUUCCUGCCUUUUGUGAGUUACCAUUGGAUGAUCAGGUCGCACUUUUAAGAGCGCAUGCAGGAGAGCACCUGUUGCUUGGUGCCACAAAGAGAUCCAUGAUGUAUAAAGACAUUUUACUUUUGGGUAACAACUGCAUCAUUCAUCGCAACAGCUGUGAGGUAGAGAUCAGUCGUGUGGCCAAUCGUGUUCUAGAUGAACUAGUCCGCCCAUUUCAGGAAAUUCAAAUUGAUGACAAUGAAUAUGCUUGUCUGAAGGCAAUUGUAUUUUUUGAUCCAGAUGCAAAAGGUUUAAGUGACCCAAUGAAAAUAAAGAACAUGCGAUUUCAAGUUCAGAUCAGUUUAGAGGACUACAUCAAUGACAGACAAUAUGAUUCAAGGGGAAGGUUUGGCGAGUUGCUCUUGCUCCUGCCUACAUUGCAGAGUAUCACUUGGCAAAUGAUUGAGCAAAUACAGUUUGUCAAACUCCUCGGGAUGGUUAAAAUUGACAAUUUACUUCAGGAAAUGUUACUGGGAGGUGCUUCUAAUGAUACUAGCCAUCUUCAUCAUCCUAUGCAUCCUCAUUUAUCCCAGGAUCCACUAACUGGACAAACUAUACUUGUAAACUCUAUGUCAACUCCAGUGCAUACAGAACAGAUCUCAACUCCUGAAACCCCGUUACCUUCCCCACCUCAAGGCUCUGGACAAGAACCGUACAAAAUACCCACAAACCAGGCUUCAGUCAUUUCACAUCAGUCUAUUCCCAAACAAAAGCAAUUGUGAUAAUACUUAUUGCUUUCUUUUUUUUUUAACAUGCACUGCUUAAAUGUGAAUAAUAGGUGAUAUUAGAAAUAUUUUAGAAUAGUGAUUAAGGUUAACCCUUAGGCAAGGGAUUAUGGUGCUGUUUUAAAAGGGUUUCCUAUUAUCUAUUUUUUUUAAAUCUUUGAAAACUUUAAGAGAUAAACUAAUAAUACAACUCUGAGUUUGGAUGUAAUGUUUUAACUUGUUCUAAGGUGCCUUUGCACUGUUUUGGACCAGUUAAGUCUGAUAUGCUACUUGCAGAUAACUUCUUAAUAUUCUUUAAAAUCUGUAAAUAAUUUCUUCAUAGAGACAAGAUGCAUAACUAAGUGUACUUUUUGUGGUGAAUAGUCGACUAGAAAACCUCAGUUAAAACAUGAAGGAAGGCUUGAUAAAUUAUAAACUUCUUGAUUAAUAAAUAAAGCAGUUAUUGUAUAAUGGAACCAAUUUCAUAUAACUUUGGGCAUUGGUUGACCUUGAAGCCUAUCUUUCACUCAACAGUUCCAUGCAUUUGAUCCAAAAACAUCUUUUGCUAGCUUUAACUUUGGAAGAUUCAAGAAGUCUAUUUCAUUCACCUAAAAUUUUCAAAGAAGCAUAAGGAACAUGAAAUACUUGAGUUACACUCUGUUUAUAUGUCUAUCUGCACAUGAAUGGGUAAAUGUGUUCACUGAUAAAUGAUUGACCCAUAGUAUUAUUUGUCCUUUUUAAACAUACUUUUAUAUGGGACAAAAUCUUAAAUUUUUAAUGAAAGUAAAAAAGGGAAUAUCUAUAGUGCUUUGAGAAAUGUUCAUAGAGAAACCCAUUCAGUUCAGUAGAUUUUCAGAAAGCACAUGGCAAGGAGCCGAAGUGAUAGCCUAACCUGUCAUACCAAGCCAUAGUAUAGUUUCUAGAGAUAAUUGUGCUUUUCUUUUAUCUGUAAAAAAAGGAAUAUCCUUGCACUUUAAUCAGACAGUCCAAAAUUCUUAUAUUGUGCACUUAGCAAUUCUAACAUUUUGUCCUUGUCAUGACUGCACUAAAGGAUAAGAAGAUAUUAUUGGAGUGUCCCCAAAACAGUUUUCUACUUGUCAGUUCUCAAGCCCAGUUUGGGUUAGCUUGCAUCCUAAAGGUUGCAGAAGAGACUCUGGCCAUUCCAAUGCUAUAAUUUUCUGAAUGGCUUCAUUUAUAUGUCUUUAAGUGAAUGUAUAUGGCUCUUUAAGUGAAAUUAAGUUCUGAGAAACAAAAACUUUAAAAGCUCAGAGAGAUUUCAUAGAAAAACAACAAAAUGCCUUUAAAUGAUGUGUCCUUCUUUGUGGGUUGCUAAAUAUACCUGUAAAGUUGAGAAGAGAAAAAUUAUCUGAAUUUAUAAUUUUUGGAUAUUUGUCUUAGAGUGUUUUCUUUUUAUAUGUGUAAGGAAUCUUUGAUCUAUGUAGGUGACUAUGCCUUUUUGUUAAUUUUUGAUUCUUUUUAUAUUGUUCUAGUUUUAAGACACAUUGGAAUAUGACUUAAAUAUGUAAUAUGGAAAUAAUUUUUAAUAUGUUGUAUAAAUAUAUUCAGAUACAUUUACCAAGCAGCUAAACUAUUGAACUUAAAAUAUUGGGUAUUCACAACUCAAUAUCAUCAGGGAAUAUAAAUGAUAGAAUAUUUUUAUAUACUGAACUGCCAAAAUAAAAAGGGUGGAUAAAGGUAUAUUAAAAGUUUCAGGAUAUUUUCAAUUAUAAAUAAAGUUAUCUAUUUUAUACAGUGCAAAAACCCUUUUCCUAUAAUGAAAAUGAAUAAUUUAUUGUGAAAUAUUGAUUUAUUUUAUAAAUGUAAAAUUAUUUUUAUAAAUUACCUUGUUAAAAUCAAAAACAACUAGAUUUGUUAAAUGUUAAAUUAUAGUGAAAUGAAAACAUUUUUCCCCAACUGUGAUACCAUGUUGUUUCCCUAGGCUUUCAAAAUAAAUGAAAAAAAAAAAACAAACAGAAAAAAUAAAUGUCUCAAAAGGA